AAGAUACAGGAAGUACUGAAAAGAACAUACCAAUCGAUAAAUGUGAACACUAACAAAGACUAUUUUGUCUGCAUGAAAUGACUGCUAACUUUGCACAACUCUUAGGGGCUGCUAGUUUGAGCUUAUUGGUGGAUCCGGCGGAUGAUUCGAAAUGUGUUUUGGUUCUUGAUUUUGUGUUAGUUAUGAAAUCAACAAAAGAACUUGCUAGAGAACUUGGAUUUCUUCGAAAAAGAUCCGUUUCAAACAGUUUGCUGUCAAACGAAGCAAAAAGUCAAAAUUCUUCAUGUCAACCGUUCUUGUACCUGAUUGUGCUGGACUUUGAGUCAACGUGUUGGAAAGACUGCAAAUAUAAAACACAAGAAAUAAUUGAGUUUCCAUGUGUUCUGCUCAACACAUGGAGUGGACAGAUAGAGAGUGAGUUUCAGUACUAUGUUCAGCCAAGUGAGCACCCCGUUCUGAGUGACUUCUGUAAGCAGCUUACUGGAAUUACACAAGACCAGGUCGAGCAAGGUAUACCGCUGUCUCUGUGCCUGAAGAAGUUUGACCACUGGAUCAGUAGAUUACACAAAGAGAAAGGUGUCACGUUUACUGUGGACAACAGCAAGACAGUCGCAGCCUUGACUACCAUCGUCACCUGGUCAGACUGGGAUCUGGGUGUGUGUCUUCAGUAUGAAUGUCGCAGAAAACAAAUCAGAAAACAACCAGUCUUCAAUAGCUGGAUAGAUCUUCGAGCAACCUAUCGUAAAUUCUACAGUCGGAAGCCACAAGGUCUUAAUGGAGCGUUACAGGAUGUGGGUAUCAAAUUUGAAGGCAGAGAACAUUCAGGUUUGUGUGAUGCGAGAAACACAGCUCGUCUGGCGUGGAGGAUGAUCAAAGAUGGUUGUGUCAUGUCUAUCACCAAGACAAUGAAACUGUCAUCAUGUGGAAGAUCAGAAAUGGUUCCUGCACCUAUAGGGACAGAGAGUGUGUUUUCUAAAACAUCUGUCAGACAGAAUCAUGAGGUGCAAAUCGGCAAAUCAUUAAAUAGGAUACCAACUACAGUGAACGACAGUUUACACGAUCAUGGAACGGAAGCCUUUCAUAUACACUGUGACGGGACAGAACCACCUAAAGCUAAAAUGUGUCGCAUCAAAUCUCCACGGAAACCCAAUGUCAUUGCUGUGGAGUCUUGCCAGAUUUCCGUAGAGAAAUUUGAUAUGAGAAAUAACAAUGUGGACCAAGUUUCGCACACCACCAGUGGUGGAAUUAUGAGAAAUAACAACACUGAAAGUGUUUCACACACUGCUGGUGGUUCAACUGGGGAAAAUAAUUUGGACAGAGUUUCACACACUGCUGGUGGUGUAAUUAUGAGAAAUAACAAUGUGGACCAAGUUUCACACACUGCUGGUGGUGUAAUUAUGAGAAAUAACAAUGUGGACCAAGUUUCACACACUGCUGGUGGUGUAAUUAUGAGAAAUAACAAUGUGGACCAAGUUUCACACACUGCUGGUGGUGUAAUUAUGAGAAAUAACAAUGUGGACCAAGUUUCACACACUGCUGGUGGUGUAAUUAUGAGAAAUAACAACACUGAAAGUGUUUUACACACUGCAGGUGGUUUAACUGGGAAACAUAACAAUGAGAACAGAGCUUCACACACUGUUAUGAAAAACAUGCUGAAACAUAUCUCAACUUCAGAGUCAUCAGAGUUUAUCAGUCCCAUAGUUUUACCUCGCCCUUGUUCACGAACUCCACUACAGACACUUAAAAAUGCCAGCAUAAUACAGACUCCUAUCGUUACUCCAUUGACUUAUAAAUCAAAAUCAUCAGCAGUUACACCACAUAGUGCAUCAAGCACACUGGCCACAAGGCCUGUAUGUACAUUCAAAACACCCAGUCCAGUGACUGCAGCACUAGUUAAUAAAUCGGCAUCUACUACCACAACACCAACACCCCAGAGUGUAAGCAAGACAUGGACCAUGAAGUCGACGCCUCCGCUGUGUAAGUGUGGCAGGAGAUCAAAGAGGAGGCUUGUGCAGUCGCCCGGACCAAACAUCGGCAGAUUCUUCUUCUCAUGCGGACAGGGGCGAGGUUUCGGCAACAGGGACUCGGGAUGUGGAUUCUUCCAGUGGGAGAAGGAGAGCAUUCCCAAGGGCAGACAACUAAGCAGGCUGGGUCAUUCAGUUGGCAAACCAUACACGCCUGUUUUAAAUAUGAACAGACAGUUGUGGAGCGGUGUCAUUCCCGUUUUAGCAAAACGCCAGCUUGGCGUUCAUUCUUCUCAAAAUGCAAAGUGUUUACGGUGACAUUUUGUUGUCUUUUGCAGGACAGUGGUGAUUUAGUACUAGCUCUGAGUGAGCAACACAUUUCGCCAGAUUAUCUCAUAAAAAAACACUUUUCAGUUAUUACAUGAAAUUAUUUCCACAAAUUAAAAUAAAAUUUGCUAAUUGUUUUUAAAA